AUGACUUCUGAGGUAGCGAAACGAAAUUCGCCAUUCAGAUUUCUACACAAGCUACCAAUUCGACUCACAUUCACCGAAAAGAAAUCACCUCUUUUGAUCAGUGAUCUUGCGAAACAACGAGAAGAGAAUGAUGAGCUCAAAAAGCGUACCCAUAUUCUGGAAUGUGCUUGGAACCAAGAACAUGAUGAUGAUGAAGAAGAAGAGGAAGUAAAAGUAGAUCAAGGAUCCGAAGAGACUACAUCAUCCCAUGAUAUCUAUGGAGAUGUUGGAAAACGAGCACCAAAUGAGUUUGAAAAGAUUGAUAGAUUGACGACUAUCAAAGUUUACAUCGCAUGGCUCGCUUUAUUUGUGUUCGCACACAUUCGUGAAUAUGUAACCAGGUUUGGGUUUGUGAAGGACUUGUCGAGCAAAGAAAAUGCGAAGAUGAAGGACUUCGUGCCAUUGUUCAGCGACUUCGAGGCAUUUUAUCAGAGGAAUUGUUACAUCAAAGUACGUGACGUCUUCGAGAGACCUAUCUGCAGUGUUCCCGGAGCUACUGUUGAUUUGGUUGACAGAGUAUCACAUGAUGGCAACUGGACCUAUGAAUACCCGGGAACUCGUACCAAUGUGAUCAACGUUGGAUCCUAUAAUUAUCUUGGAUUUGCUCAAUCUGCUGGACCAUGUGCAGAACAAUCAGCUUCCAGUAUUGAUAGAGAAGGUCUCUCAUGUUGCACAACAGUUCAUGAAAGAGGAAGAAGUGUGUCACAGGCUAAACUGGAGAAGCUUGUCGCUGAGUUCUUGGGAGUUGAAGAUGCUAUCUGUUUCAGCAUGGGAUUUGCUACAAAUUCCAUGAAUGCUCCCUGUCUAGUUGAUAAGCAUUCAUUGAUCAUUUCUGACAAAUACAAUCAUGCUUCUUUGAUUCUUGGAUGUAGACUUUCUGGAGCUUCUACAAAAGUAUUUGAGCACAAUGAUAUGGAAUCUCUGGAACGAAUCCUCCGUGACGCCAUUGCUUAUGGAAAUCCAAAGACCCAUCGUCCAUACAAAAAGAUUUUGAUCAUUGUGGAAGGAAUCUACUCGAUGGAAGGUUCAAUCUGCAAUCUUCCUGGAAUUAUUGCACUCAAGAAAAAGUACCAGGCUUAUUUAUAUUUGGAUGAAGCUCAUUCCAUCGGCGCUAUGGGAAAAACUGGAAAGGGAGUCGUUGAGUAUUGGGGCUGUGAUCCAAAGGAUGUCGACAUUCUAAUGGGAACAUUCACAAAAUCAUUUGGAGCCGCUGGAGGAUACAUUGCAGGAUCAAAGCGUACUGUAGACCAUCUUCGUGCUGCAAGUCCAACUGGAUACUAUUCCUCUCCAAUGUCUCCACCAAUUGCUCAACAAAUCUAUACUUCCAUGUCUAUUAUUAUGGGCAAAGAUGGAACAAAGGAUGGUGCUCAGAGAAUCGAAAGACUCGCAAGAAACUCUCAUUACUUCCGAAUGAAAUUGAAACAAAAUGGAUUUAUUGUCUAUGGAAGUAAUGAUUCUCCAGUCGUUCCAAUGCUCAUCUAUUUCCCAACAAUGUGUGGAUUCUAUGGUCGUGAAAUGUUGGCAAGAAAUAUUGGAUGUGUUGUUGUAUCAUUCCCAGCUACUCAUAUGACAGAAGGAAGAGUUCGAUUCUGUAUUUCGGCCGCUCACACCAAAGAGCAACUUGAUGAGGUCCUCGAAACAGUCAACCUUCUUGGAUCGAUGAGUCGAAGCAAGUUCUCCAAACGAUCACAUUUGUACAAAAAUCAGAAAAUCGAGUGGUAACCAGCCGAAUCUCCAUCCGUUGGCUAUUCAUCCUACAUUUUCAUUCAAACGGGCUUUCCUACUUCUCAAUAUCGUAUUGUUCUCUAGAAAAUAAUUAUCCGUUUUUAUCGUUGUUGAUAGCAAUAAUAAAUGCACAAAUUAU